GAACCGACCGCGGCAGUCGAAUAGAAAGUCACCGGGAGAGAGAGAGCGAGCGAGGGCCAGACUUCGCAUCAGCCACGCCGUCUUCUAGAACCAACAUCCUCCACGACCUGCCCCCCUCCCUCCCUCCCCCCCUCCCUCCCACCACGGCUCCCCUUCCCCGCAGCGGAGAGGAGUCCGCGCGCACGCACCGAGCAGCGGCCCCAGCGUCCCGAAGCCGUGCCGUGCGAGGACUUAAAGCGGGAGAGGAGGAGCAGGAGGGCGGGCGAACUUUCUUCCAUCCGCGCGGAGGGAGCCCAGCGGGACCGAAUGGUUGAGCCCAGCCCCGCAGCGCUGCACCUCCCGUCCAGCGGGGAUGUCAGCAUGGCGCGUGCCGGUGUCAAAGUGGAACAGGACGAGGUCGGCAGCGGCGUUGGAGUCAUAGCCCACGGCGAGCCACUAAAGAGGUCUCUUUCGCGGGAUUGGUCAGAAAAUCAUCCGCUGGAGGCCCGCCAACUGACCCCGCCGCUCUCACGCUCUCCUUCGGAGGGCUCUCUGGGUAAGGAGCAGCCCCACAGGCAGAGCCCCAUGGGACCGAGGGAGUCCAGGAUGCACGACAGACCAGAAGCACAAUCCAACUUCAAGGAAGUAAUGCCCACAAUUGAGAAGCUGCUGAAUUCCAACUGGAAGGAGAAACUUCUGGAUAAAAGCUCGGUGGAGGCAGGACGACUGAAAGGUACCCCAGAGGCUCUGGCAGAGAAGGAGCUCCAGCUGUUGAUGAUGAUCAACCAGCUGAGCGGUCUGAGGGAGCAGCUCCUGGGAGCCCACUCCGAGCAGAGGAACAUGGCCGCCCUGCUGCUGGAGAAGCAGCAGCAGCAGAUGGAGCUGGCUCGGCAGCAGCAGGAACAGAUUGCCAAGCAGCAGCAGCAGCUGAUCCAGCAGCAGCACAAGAUCAACCUGCUUCAGCAGCAGAUCCAGCAGGUGAACAUGCCCUACGUGAUGAUCCCAGCUUUCCACCCCAACGCCCAGUCCCUGGCUGUCACCUCUGACCCCCAGAUGACCCUUCCGCUGCAGCCAAUCCCCUGCAAGCCAGCCGUGGACUAUCCCAUGCAGCUGCUGCAGAACUCUCACCCGGCCUGCGGCAAGAGGAGCGGCGGCUCCUUUCGGCAGGAAGCCAGUCAGCCCUUAAACCUGACCUCAAAGCAGAAGGGACUGGAGCGGGGCAAAACCCCAAGUCCGCAGAGCAUGGAGCUGGGACCGCUGGCGCUGUACGGGGCCUACAGGCCUCGAGAUCUCCAGAGAGAGGUGUCCUGCAGCCCGCAGAGAUCGGCCCUCACUUUCCUCGGAGACGGCGAUGUGGUCACCCAGGCCAUCCAUGACGCCCAGCAGCUCCUGAGGGGCCACAGCGCCUCAGGGCGAGAGAAGGACAAGGAGAGAGAGAGAGACGGUGGUGGGAAGAUGGAGUACAAAGAGUCUCCCCGCAGCGAGAGGAUCUGUCACUCGGAGCGAGGUGAGGACCACCUCAGCAGUGACUCCGAGGGUGCCCUCCCCGUCUCAGGCCCAGGCAGCUACGUUGAGGUGCGGCCCCCUCCCUCCUCAGGCCACAUCAAGAGGCCCAUGAAUGCCUUCAUGGUGUGGGCCAAGGACGAGCGCAGGAGGAUCCUGCAGGCCUUCCCCGACAUGCACAACUCCUCCAUCAGCAAGAUCCUGGGCUCGCGGUGGAAGGGCAUGUCCAACCAGGAGAAGCAGCCCUACUACGAAGAGCAGGCGAGGCUGAGCCGGCAGCACCUGGAGCGCUACCCCGACUACAAGUACAAGCCGCGGCCCAAGCGCACCUGCAUCGUGGAGGGGCGGAGGCUGCGCGUGGGCGAGUACAAGGCCAUGAUGAAGAACCGCCGGCAGGAGCAGAGGGCCACCUACACGCACAGCCAAACAGAACCACAGCAGCUGCACUACCCGCACGCCAACGACCAGUACCCGGGCAGCGCCGGUGCGGUCUCCGUGGCAUCCGUGCCCUUUCACCCGGCACUUCUGGAGCACUACCUGCCGCAGGUCCCCCCCGCUCUGCGUCGGGUGGAAGGCCAAACCACGCCCACUUCCCUGCCCCGAGAGAGGGAGCGGGAGAGGGAGAGGGAGCGCCCACCGUACAGCGAAGGAGAGGAGAGCGACGGGGGAGAGAGGAGCGAAGGGGAACUGGUGCUCCUGACGGACUGA